AUGAACAUUUCUCUGCUGUCACACAUGGAAAGUAUAAUUGAUUGGUUCCGACAAAAUGUCAGUUGGGUUCCACUGAUCGAGGAUCAAAAUUGCAGUCACACAAGUCUGAAUGGAACCAACUCAACUGCAGAAUGGGAAUGGCCAACAGAAUCAAUGAGAAAAUGGUUAGGGAACAAUGCCCACAUCAUUGCUAAGGUUGUGCUGACUAUUGCAUAUGUUAUCAUCACAAUGAUAUCUCUCUUUGGCAACUGCCUGGUAUGCCAGGUUUUUCUCAAGCACAAUGAAAUCAAAAAAUCAACGGGCCUUCUCAUCUUCAAUCUGGCAGUAUCUGACAUUAUGAUAAUCCUUCUCAACAGUCCAUUUGCUAUGACUCGUUUCCUGGCUGGACAGUGGGUGUUUGGUAGGGUCGUGUGUCAUGUCAGUCGUUUCGCUCAGUACUGCUCCCUCCAUGUUUCAACUCUUACACUUAUGGCUGUUGCCAUGGACCGGCACCGGGUAAUUCUGUACCCAAUGAAACCAAGGCUAACAUACGCCCAAAGCUUAAUGGUUGUUGCCCUGAUCUGGGGUAUUGCUAUAUUCCUUGCUCUUCCGCAUGCAAUUUACCUGAAUCUAUUCAUCUUCGUGAACGAGGAUGGUGUUGCCAUGAGCUACUGCCUCCCUUCCUUUCCUGGACCCAGCCAGCUGGUUUCGAAAUAUGUGGACCUUGGUACAUUUAUCUUGCUGUAUGUUCUGCCACUUAUAGUGAUUGUUGUAACCUAUUCUCACCUAGGAAAGAGGCUGUGGCUCCAGAAUGCUAUUGGCGAUGCAUCUGCUCGUCAACUGAUGGCACACUACCAGAAGCGGAAGAAGAGCAUCCGGAUGCUGAUACUUAUUGUGUUGGUCUUUGCAGUUUGUUGGUUUCCACUUAAUUUCUAUGUGGUUCUUAUAUCCAAUGCAGGCGUAGAAAAUGAUAGCGUGCUUUUUUAUGCCUUUCACUGGUUUGCAAUGAGCAGCACUUGCUACAAUCCUUUCAUCUACUGCUGGCUCAACAGGAGCUUCCGUGCCAAACUAAGAUCAGUAACAUCUUUAAGAGUGCAAUCUCUGUUUUUAUGUAAGGGUUCCCAGGUUCAGAAAAUAAAUGUACCCGAGAGUCAUGAGCUUCAGGAACUCAAGGCAUCUUCACUGAUACGAGUUCCCCUGGCUGUUCCAGAGGCCCCGGUAUUUGAGGAUCCCAGUUUGGCUACAGGGGAUAAUUCCCAGGGUUCUGUUCAGGGGGACUGGGAAGAUCCAGAUCCCUCCCUAGAUGAAGAGGUGGCCGCAGGGCCCUCCACCCAGGAUGCUUACUUUUGCAUUCACAUGCAGACUAGCAGUCACUAAGUUGGGCACCCAUCUGAUCCAUCAGAACCUUGCUUAAUGAGUACCUUCGCACAGACAAUUCAGUCAGCGAUGGCAUAACCUUUAACUUAGAUGUUGAGUACAGUGUUUUACUAUCAUGUGCACCCUCACAGUCUUAGUUCUGGCGUCAGAACUCUACUUGAUAAAUCCACUGUGCCAUAAUGUGGAGAACUGACUGGCCAGACCCUGAAGGAAU